ACGAUCACGUGACAAGUGAUCACAAAUUAACCCAGCGCGCGAUUAUGUUGCAUUCAAGUACCAGAGACCAGUGAGCGCGGAUGUGUAUGCGUGGAUAAUACAUUGGCGUGUCUCACAGCUCUUUGUACUACACAAGCAUUGAAGAAAUGAAUACAAACAUGAAGCACCGACUGGAUGCAGACAAGUCUGUUGUAAGCAUAAAGAACUUCACAGCAGGAGUUAAUGGAGGCUCAAAUCCUAGGCGUACCCUACAAGCAAUUCAACCUACAGGGACAACUGGGCACCUUGUUGGGAGGACCAUAGAGCCAGUCAAAUCUCUUCCAAAAAGGAAAUUGUGGAGCACUGAACAGCCAAAAAGCUCAAGGAGGGCCAAAACUGAAGUGGCUUUGUAUACAGAGGACAAUGAAAAUGAGAAUGGGCCAGAAGGAAUGACCAAAGAGACUUAUGAACUUAUGGUCAAAGAAACUCCGCCUCCUGCCUACUGGAAAGAACUGGCAGAUGAAAGGAGGGAAGCACUUUAUAAGGUUCUUCAAGAAAAUGAGAAGCUACAUAAGGAAAUUGAGUUAAAAGAGGAGACCAUCUCAAAGUUAAAGCAAGAAAAUGAAGAACUGGCUGAACUUGCAGAGCAUGUACAAUACAUGGCCAGUAUGAUUGAGAGAUUAACUGGGAAGAGUCCAGAUAACCUCAAAGUCCUUGGAGACCUUGAUGUAGAAGAACACAAAGAUGAUGAGGAAUACAUUUGCAGUGAGGACAAAGACGAUAAUCUUUCAGAAAUUGAAAGUGACAGUAAAGAUGAUAACUCUGCCUGAUUUUUAAUGUUCCCAAAUCCAGUUAAACAAGCCAGUUUUUUUAAUAUAUACACAUUAUUAAAGGGACCAAUGUGGGGGAAAAAGCAUUUUGCAUUAGGAUUCAUUCAUUGAACCAGUGGGUCUGUAUCGACUUGGGCAGAGAACCUUUCCAAAGAUCAGCUUUUGCACUUUUACAAAGGUUAACCGAGGUGAGAAUGAACGGUUAACUGGUGGGAAGUGAAGGCUUGGAUUCUGAUUUAUACUGCCGGAGGGAGGGUGUUUGGACUUCUUGUUUUUGGAGAUAGGAAGCUGUUCAUGCACUGCAUGUGUUAAUGCAGGGGUGGCCAACCCUGGUCCUGGAGAGCCGCGGGGUCUUCUGGUUUUCGUUCCAUCUGGAGUUCUCAAUUACUUGAUCGAAACAAUUAUUUUCUUUAUUGGUCAACGCUAACAUUGUUUCCAGGUCUUUAGCCAUUGCUUUUAAAGAUACCCAGAAAACCUGCAGGAUUGUGGCUCUCCAGGACCAGGGUUGGCAACCCGUGUUAUUGUAUAAAUUGUUGCCUGUCCAAUACAGGUUUAACCAGCUGUGAACAGUUGAAUAUGUAUAUUUGAAGUUGUAUAGUUUUAUUGCAUGUUUGUAUAUAUUUUAAACCCAAAUAAAAUUGGUGAUUCUCAAUAUUCUUUAA